AUGCCGGGGCUCACCAUCGGCGACACGGUCCCCAACCUGGAGCUGGACUCCACCCACGGCAAGAUCAGCAUCCACGACUACGUCGGCAACGGCUAUGUCAUCCUCUUCUCCCAUCCCGGCGACUUCACACCGGUGUGCACGACGGAGCUGGCGGCCAUGGCCAACUACGCCAAGGAGUUCGAGAAGCGGGGCGUGAAGCUGCUCGGCAUCUCCUGCGACGACGUGCAGUCCCACAAGGAGUGGACCAAGGACAUCGAGGCCUACAAGCCUGGGAGCAAGGUGACGUACCCGAUCAUGGCGGACCCGGACCGCUCCGCCAUCAAGCAGCUCAACAUGGUGGAUCCCGACGAGAAGGACUCGGAGGGCCAGCUCCCGUCCCGCACCCUGCACAUCGUCGGCCCCGACAAGAAGGUGAAGCUGAGCUUCCUGUACCCGUCGUGCACGGGCCGGAACAUGGACGAGGUGGUGCGCGCCACGGACUCGCUGCUGACGGCGGCCAAGCACAAGGUGGCCACCCCGGCCAACUGGAAGCCCGGGGAGUGCGUCGUCAUCGCGCCCGGCGUCUCCGACGACGAGGCCAAGAAGCUGUUCCCCCAGGGGUUCGAGACCGCCGACCUGCCCUCCAAGAAGGGAUACCUCCGUUUCACCAAGGUCUAG